UGUAUGCUCUGGCUGCCUCUGCAUAAAGCCGAGGGAUGACUGUGGGGAAAAGGAGGAGAAUUUGAGAAAUGAGACCAGGCAAUAAGUUAAAAUCAGUCUUGCUUUUAAAACGAGCAUUUGCUUUCAUAGCAAACUGCAAAAAAUAUUAAUUUAGAAAAGUUUAAUAUUGAGAGUCUAAAAGAGUCUAGCAGAAGAAUCUGACUGUUUAAAGAAAUUAAAGAGCAUCAACCAGGGAAACAAUGCUGGAGAAUCCUCUGACUUUGAUGCUACAGGUAUACUAUUUAUAAGACACCACGAUGGAAACUUGGUCAGUGGAUCAGGUCUGCAGUUGGUUGGUGGAGAAAAAUUUAGGAGAGCUAGUUCCCAGGUUUCAAGAGGAAGAAAUAAGUGGGGCCGCUCUUCUAGCACUUAACGAUCGGAUGGUUCAGCAACUGGUGAAGAAAAUUGGUCACCAGGCUGUCCUGAUGGAUUUAAUUGAAAAAUCUAAGCAGAACAGCCAAGAACAGAAGUCUCUUGGGUCCCCGAAGGAGACUGCUGCAGGCACAGGAGCAGAAGCAGCCCUAGGUAACAGGGUGGAGCAGUCCUGCCGUCCAGCCAGCUGUGGGGAGCAGGCGCCAUCUUCCCACCCAGCUGGAAGCCUUGAUGAUGGACUCAUUGACCAAAGAGUAUUGAAACAGAGGAGAAACAUGAGGCACAUUCUAGCGAGGAAUAAAGCAUUGCAAUGGGCCCGGUCCUAUGUGUUACCAGAGUUUCCCUACGAUGUCCAGUGCAUGCUGGCAGAGCAGAAGUGUCCCGAUCACAGCACGAGGAUAAGGAUCAUCGAGUUUCUCCAGGCUGACAUGACCAAGUAUCUAGAAGGCUCGCUGUAUCCCACAACCCAGCAGUACAACGAUGUGGUCAGCGCCCUGCUGCAGGCCCACCCCUUCCUGGAUGAGGACGGCUGCGGCUUUUUUUUAUGGAAAAGAGCCCUCAAAGAUCGCUUUAAAUAUGUUCGAAGACCCAUAGAGGAUGAUGAACAAGUUAUGAGAAAUAAAUACAAAUUUGGACACCGAAGAGGCCAGACAAGAAAAACUCUUGUUGAUACAAGAUAUGAUGAAAUUAAAACUGUCCAAAUAAAAGUAAGAUCUGAUCUUUCAAUGUUAUGAAAA